AUAUAAACCAUUGUAAAAUCAAACUUUCAUUUAUGACAUUAACAUUUUUAGCAGAAAAUUAAAAUAAUUGACAUAUGUCAAUUAUUUUUGGCAAGAAGAAAAUAAAGAAAGAUUAAAUGCGAAUCCGACUCCUGUAAUAGGCGUCGAUCUAGGAGGAAAAGCAUAUUAGGGGCCCACUUUCCCCUUAGAUUAAAACAUACUAAUUUUUUCUCCCCCGUUCCAUUUUUUCACUCAUAUCUCUCUCAUGAAUUAUUAUUAUUUAGUUGUCAAAAAAAAAGAAUUAUUAUUAUUUAGUAUUCAAAUUUCACUAUCUUUUUAAAAUAAAGAAAAAAUCUUUCUAGAGAGAAAAAGACAUAGUCUGAUCGGUGUUUGACGAGACACUACACUUUAAAACGGGGUUUCUACAAAGUUUAACUCUUUUCUUCUCUCUCUCUUCCAAUCGCAAACAAACCCUAGCUUUCUCUCUCUUCCUCUCUACCUCUCUCAAGAUAUUAUCAUGACCGAUCCUAAAGAUCCCGAUCUGAGCAACGAAGACUCCGCUUGGAGACAACUUACAGCUCCAGAUUCUGUCUUUUUCAACAGAGACACUUCUAGUAUCCUCUCUGACUUUGGCUGGAACCUCCACGCUUCUUCCUCCGACAAUCAUCACAAUCUCCGUUUCGAUCCCUGUUUACCACCAACCUCCACUGUCCCAUCUUCCGUCACCACCACAGCAACGCCUGACCCAAUUCCAGCUUCUUCCCAUUCCUCAACCGUCGCUGCCGCUACUGCUUCUGUUGUCUCGACCUCUAAUAAUCCUUCGGCUACCUCCAGUUCAAGCGAGGGUCCAACGGAUAACUCAACCCCUAAAACACCGGAAACACCAAAGAAGGAGAAGAAGCAGGCUCAAAAGCGGAUCCGGCAACCUAGAUUCGCAUUCAUGACCAAGAGUGAUGUAGAUAAUCUUGAAGAUGGAUAUCGAUGGCGUAAGUAUGGACAGAAAGCUGUCAAAAAUAGCCCAUUUCCAAGGAGCUACUAUAGAUGCACGAACAGCAGAUGCACAGUGAAGAAGAGAGUGGAACGAUCAUCUGAAGAUCCAUCGAUAGUAAUAACAACAUACGAAGGACAACAUUGUCACCAAACUAUUGGAUUCCCUCGUGGCGGAAUCCUCACAGCUCACGACCCUCAUAAUUUUACAUCCCAUCAUCAUCAUCUCCCUCUUCCUUUGCCAAAUCCUUAUUACUACCAAGACCUCCAUCAACUUCACAGAGACAGUACAUCUUCACCGCGGUUAUUACCCCAGUCUACUACUGAAGAUGGACCUGCUGCAGUGUCGUCUAUUAAUCCAUCAGAAGAAGGCCUACUUGGUGAUAUUGUACCUCAAACCAUGCGCAAUCCUUGAGGUGCCUUUAUAGCAAACCAUCAUAAUCUUGGUGACAAUAGCUAAGGAGGUGCUAACUCAUUCCAGAAGAUAUUGCAGACCGGAAAAUUAUAUGGCCACAAUGGGUUGUAAGCAGAUAUCUCUACAUAUUAUUCAUUGUUGAUCAUGGUGUCUCAUCACCGGACGGAUUGCAGAUUCUUAAGGUAUAAAUGUAUAGCAUAAUUUUGAUGUAACUUAACUUUAAUAUAUCUGCUGACUUAUAUUAAAGUUAUUGCAUGUAUGUGCACUUAAGGAACAAAAAACGUGGAGCAAAUUCCGAUACUUAAUAUUUGCUAAUCUUUUUUUUCUU